AUGAACAUCUGUGUAUAUAUAUACCAGGACGUUUUCCCCCAUCCUACUGCAUUUGCCAGAAACAACUCACUUACACAACACAUCCAAGCUACUGCUGAGUCUUGUUUUUUUCCUUGUCGCUACCACCCGCACUUCUCACUCGCUGCUCACUCACUACUCACUCACUACUCACUCGCUUUUCACUUUUUAUUUUUUCUGUUGCGUACACGACCACCGAGAGAAGCAAGAUCAACAAAACGCGAAAUGGUCAAUUUAGCUUCAAUUUUUACCGUUUUGGCACUCACGAGUGCACAAUUAAUUACCCAACCCAUCAAACGUGAUGAGGCAGACGCUUAUACCCAAUACCCGUCAGUUCCGAAAACUGCAUCCAUAAAUGGAUUCGCCGACCGUAUCUAUGCCUUGGUUCCUGAUUGUGCAAAGGAUUGCUUGAGAGAAUCAACAGGAAGCACCCCCUGCCCAUACUGGGACACCGGUUGUUUGUGUAUCAUGCCGACGUUCGCAGGCGCGAUCGGAAACUGUAUUGCCGACAACUGUCGCGGCAACAACGUCGUUGUCGCCACCAGCUUGGCCUACUCCAUCUGCUCCUCUGCCGGUGUAUGGGAGCCUUACUGGAUGCCCCCAGCCAGUGUCACUACCAGGUUGAACGAAGCCGCUGCUGCUGAACCAACCGACGAAACCUCUUCUCCGCAAGAAGAGACUUCCGCUGUGGAAGAGACCUCUGCUCAAGAGCCACAACACUCGUCCUCUGAACAACCUGAAGAAACCAGUGCUGCUGCACAACCUGAAGAGACCAGUACUGCUGAAGAAUCUAGUUCUGCUAUUGAAGAAACCUCUGCUGUUGUUGAAGAAACAUCUACUGUUGUUGAAGAAACAUCUACUGUUGCUGAAGAAUCUAGUCCUGCUGUUGAAGAAACCUCUGCUGCUGAGCAAACUAGUUCUGCUAUUGAAGAAACUAGUUCUGCUGUUGAAGAAACCAGUUCUGCUGCUCAAUCUUCUGCUGCUGCUCAACCAUCUAGUGCUGAUGAAGAAACCUCUACUGUUGUUCAAGAAUCUUCUGCUGCUCAAGAAUCUUCUGCUGCUCAAGAAUCUUCUGCUGUUCAAUCAUCAAGUAGUGCUGAUGAAGAAACAUCUACUGCUGCUCAAUCAUCUGGUGCUGCUGAAGAAACUAGUUCUGCAGUUGAAUCAUCUACUGCUGCUGAGGACUCUGCUGUAUCUAGUGCUGGACAACCUGAAGAAACCAGUACUGCUCAAGAAACUAGUACUGCUGAAUCAUCUACUGCUGCUGAGGACUCUGCUGUAUCUAGUGCUGGACAACCUGAAGAAACCAGUACUGCUCAAGAAACUAGUACUGCUGAAUCAUCUACUGCUGCUGAGGACUCUGCUGUAUCCAGUGCUGGACAGCCUGAAGAAACCAGUACUGCUCAAGAAACUAGUACUGCUGAAUCAUCUACUGCUGCUGAAGAAACUGCAGUUCCAUCUCCUGAACCAUCAAUGGUGGCAUGUUUGCUUAACGGUGAAGAAGUUGCCAAGGUGGAAUUUGAAACAGGUACUUGUGAUUUUGAGCUUCCAACAGAUUUAAAAACAUUCUUUAGUUUCGUUGCAUCAAACGAUUACAACGUCCAAUACUAUUAUGUAACAGCUGCAGACGAAAGAUACACUAAUGACAUUCGUAAUGCCGGUAGAACUAUCAGUAUUCCUGCAAGAUAUUUGGUUGACGAGACCACACCAUUGUUCCAAGUCCACUUACAAAAGGCACCAGCAAGAAAGAGAGACGAAGUUGAUGAUUUCCUCAAUUCUCUUGGUGAUGAAGAAGGUACUCAGGUUGACGUUGUCAUUGGUGCAGUUCCUGUUGAGGAACCAUCUUCUAGUAGUUCGCCAAUUCCUGAAUCCUCUUCUGCUGCUGAAUCCUCCCCAGCUGAAUCAACCCCUGCUGAAUCAACUCCAGUUGAAUCCUCUUCUGCUGAGUCUACUCCAGUUGAAUCCACUCCAGCAGAAUCCACCCCAGUUGAAUCUACUCCAGUUGAAUCCUCUUCUGCUGAAUCUACUCCAGUUGAAUCCUCUCCAGUUGAAUCCUCUCCAGUUGAAUCAACCCCAGCAGAAUCCACCCCAGUUGAAUCUACUCCAGUUGAAUCCUCUUCUGCUGAAUCUACUCCAGUUGAAUCCUCUCCAGUUGAAUCCUCUCCAGUUGAAUCCUCUCCAGUUGAAUCCUCUCCAGUUGAAUCCACCCCAGUUGAAUCUACUCCAGUUGAAUCUUCUUCUGCUGAAUCUACUCCAGUUGAAUCUACUCCAGUUGAAUCUACUCCUGCUGAAUCUACUCCUGCUGAAUCUACUCCAGUUGAAUCUACUCCAGUUCAAUCCUCUCCAGUUGAAUCCUCUCCAGCUGAGUCUACUCCUGCUGAAUCUACUCCUGCUGAAUCUACUCCUGCUGAAUCUACUCCUGCUGAAUCUACUCCUGCUGAAUCUACUCCUGCUGAAUCUACUCCAGUUGAAUCUACUCCAGUUCAAUCCUCUCCAGUUGAAUCCUCUCCAGCUGAGUCUACUCCUGCUGAAUCUACUCCAGUUCAAUCCACUCCAGCAGAAUCCUCUUCUGCUGAAUCAACCCCAGCAGAAUCCACUCCAGCAGAAUCCACCCCAGUUGAAUCUACUCCAGUUGAAUCUUCUUCUGCUGAAUCUACUCCAGUUGAAUCCUCUCCAGUUGAAUCCUCUUCUGCUGAGUCUACUCCAGUUGAAUCCUCUCCAGUUGAAUCCUCUUCUGCUGAAUCCACCCCAGCUGAAUCUACUCCAGUUGAAUCCUCUCCAGUUGAAUCUUCUUCUGCUGAAUCGACCCCAGCUGAUUCUACUCCUGCUGAGUCUACUCCUGCUGAAUCUACUCCUGCUGAAUCUACUCCUGCUGAAUCUACUCCAGUUGAAUCCACUCCAGCAGAAUCCUCUUCUGCUGAAUCAACCCCAGCAGAAUCUACUCCUGCUGAAUCUACCCCUGGUGAAUCUACUCCUGCUGAAUCUACUCCUGCUGAAUCUACUCCUGCUGAAUCUACUCCUGCUGAAUCUACUCCAGUUGAAUCUACUCCAGUUCAAUCCACCCCAAUUGAAUCAACCCCAGUUGAAUCCACCCCUGGUGAAUCAACCCCAGCUGAGUCUACUCCUGCUGAAUCUACUCCUGCUGAAUCUACUCCUGCUGAAUCUACUCCUGCUGAAUCUACUCCUGCUGAAUCUACUCCUGCUGAAUCUACUCCUACUGAAGAAUCAUCCGGUACUGAAGUGACAUCUGCUCCUGAAGAAAGUGCUACUAGUGAUGUAUCAUCCACUGUUGAUGCAACCAGUGAUGAACCUUCCGUCACAUCAGAUGAAGUUACUUCUGAAACCCCAUCCGAGGUGGCCUGUUUCUUGAAUGGUGAACAAAUCUCCGUGGUUGAUUAUGCCACUGGUGUCUGUGACUUUGAAAUCCCAGAUUACUUAGAAACAUUCUUCAACUUUGUCUCAUCCCAAGAUUACAAUAUCCAAUACUACUAUGCACGUGUAAGUGGUAAUCAAUACACCAAUGAUAUCCGUAGUGCUGGAAGAAUAGUUAGCAUUCCUGCUAGAGUCUUGUUCGAGUUGCACACCAAAUUGUUCCAAGUCCACUUGCAAGAAGGUUCAACCAGAAAGAGAGAUGACGUCGACGAUUUUAUUGAUUCUAUUAUCGACACGGAUGGUACUGAAACUGAUGUUGAUCUUUCUGCUGGUAUUCCUGUUGAUGAGGUAGCAUCCAGUUCUGCCGCUGAAUCCACUCCAGCAGAAUCCUCUGCUGCUGAAUCCACUCCUGCUGAAUCCACUCCAGCAGAAUCCUCUGCUGCUGAAUCCACUCCUGCUGAAUCCACUCCAGCAGAAUCCUCUGGUGUUGAAUCCUCUGUCGCUGAAUCCUCUGUCUCUGAAUCCUCUGUCGCUGAAUCCUCUGUCGCUGAAUCCUCUGGUGUUGAAUCCACUCCUGCUGAAUCCAGUGCUGCUGAAUCCAGUGCUGCUGAAUCCUCUGCUGCUGAAUCCAGUGCUGCUGAAUCCAGUGCUGCUGAAUCCUCUGGUGUUGAAUCCUCUGCCGCCGAAUCCUCUGCUGCUGAAUCUUCUGCUGCUGAAUCCUCUGCUGCUGAAUCUUCUGCUGUUACUGAAUCUUCAGCUGCUACUGAAUCUGAAUCCACUACUGCGUCAGAUGUCGAAAAUACUUCUGGUGAAUCUACACUUGUUGAAUCCGAAUCCACUACUGCUACUGGUGGCGAAGGUGAGGGUUCUCAUUGUGAGUCUGGAGUCUGUACUAACACCAAGACUGAUUCUACAACCAAGAGUGACACUGCCACUAAUACCGCCACUACUACGACUACUGCUAAACCAAGUGACUUACCAGGCACUCUUACAGUUACCGAAACUUGUACUGAUGAUGAGGGUCACGUGACUACUGAAACUGUUAUCAUCACUUCCCAUGUUACUGAAUACUGUGAACAAACGUCUGCUUCUGCUAAACAAUCCUCUGCUUGUGACGAGCAAUCCAGUGCCAAGUCCGAACAAAGCUCUGCCUCGAAGGAGCAAGACAAGGUUGUCACCACCAUCUACUCCUGUGAAUCGGCCAAGAGCUCUCUUGAAUCUGUCAAGUCCAGUGCUGAAUCUGCCCACAAGACCGACAUUGUUGCCAGCUGUGAAAGUGAAUUGAGUUCCAUCAAAUCCGUUGAGUCUGUUGCUUAUGUUACUCUUACUUCAUUGAUUGAAGUUCAAGAAUCAUGCAUUGCCAAACAAACUUCUUUGGUCGAAGUUCAAUCGUCUGCUGCUUCUGUCCAAUUGAGUGCUGCACAUGCACAAGAAUCAUCGCGUGCUGUUGAUUAUGCCAAAUCUGCUGUCUCAGAAGCAUCCAAGGCUGGUGAUAGAGUUGAGACUGUCAUUGAACACACUACAUUGACUGUUGGACACGGUGGUUCACCAUCCCAAGAAACUGCUGCUCCAGGUUCUGGUUCUACUUCUGGCUCUGGCUCUACUUCUGGCUCUGGUUCCAACUCUGGCUCUGGUGAACAAUCUGGUUCUGGUUCCAACUCUGGUUCUGGUGAACAAUCUGGCUCUGGUGAACAAUCUGGUUCUGGUUCCAACUCUGGCUCUGGUUCUACUUCUGGCUCUGGUUCUAACUCUGGUUCUGGCUCUGGUUCUACUUCUGGUUCUGGUUCUGGUUCUGGUUCUGGCUCUGGUGAACAAGUUUCUGCAUCAACUUUGAUUACUAUUUCUACACAUUCGGGUACUGUUGCAGCUGGUCAAGAUUCAGGUACAGCUGGUGCUACUGCUACUGCUACUGCUACUGCUAUUGCUAACGCUGCAUCAUCAAUUGGCGCUAGUGCAUUUGCAUUAGUUAUUUCAACCGGUAUGUUUAUUGGUCUUUUCAUUUAG